AUGGAUGCAAUUGCAAUUGGUACUGAUGCUGUUGUCAAUAUCUCUUCCGAAGCAGCUAAAGCUUUUACAAGUGGUUCUGUUUGUCUUCAAUUUUCAUUGUCAAUGUCAAGUGUUAACCUUUCAUUUCAUUCAUUAUCUGUUUUGAAGAGUCCCCCCAGAGAAAAAGAAAAAAAAAGGGAUGCAAUUGCUGCCGGUGCUGCUGCCAAUAUCUCUUUCCAUACUGCGAAGGGUAUCUUCCGCAAAGCAAAACGACAUAUCAGAUAUGUUGUUCUUUCUUGCCUGCUUCUUCUCAGUAUUUUCUUUCUUGAUUCUCCUUUAUUGUAUCCAUUGUUCAUUUUGUUUGUUUUGUUUUCCAUUCGGACCUCCCCAAAGAAAAAGAAAAAGAAAAGAAAUGGAAGCAAUUGCUACUGGUGCCGCUGCCAAUAUCUCUCUUCUGAAACUGCAAAGGGUGUAUUUCAUGAAGCAAAACGUCAUAUCAGAUAUGUAGUUUUCUACCAGAGAUACGUCAAGAAUUUCGAGGACAAACUUCAGAGGUUGAUUGACAAAAGAUCAAGCGUGCAGCAAGAUAUUGUUGUUGCAGAAAGGAACGUGCAGAAGAUUAAAGCGGAUGUGCAAGGUUGGUGCGAUAGAGUGGACAAGGUUAUCGCUGAAGACAAGCAUAAAGUGGAUGAUCUUCAAGUCAAAGCAAACAAGUGCUUCUUUGGCUUCUGUCCCAACAUCAAGUGUCGACACAAGCUUAGCAGGAAAGCGGAAGAAGAUGCCGCAACUUUUGAUGAGCUUAUCAAAGAAUGUCAAUUUAGCAGCGUGGGCUACCAUGAUCUUCCACAACCCAUAUUGGAUACAGAUUUUGAGGCUUUUCAAUCAAGGGAAAGGGUUUUCAAUGAUAUCAUGGAAUCCCUGAAAGAUUCUACUGUGAGCAUGGUUGGAGUGUACGGGAUGCCUGGAGUGGGGAAAACAUCACUAGUUAAAGAAGUUGAAAGACAACUCCAGGAGGCUAAGUUGUUCAAUUCAGUUGUUAGGGUCACUGUAUCUCAGACACCUGACAUUCAGAAAAUCCGAGAUCAAAUAGCAGAAUCGUUGGGCUUGAGGAUUGAAGAAAAGAGUACAGUUGUAAGAGCCAGUAGAUUACGUGAAAGGUUAAUUCAAGAGAAGAAUCAGGGGGUUCUUAUUAUUCUGGAUGAUAUUUGGGAGAAACUGGACCUAGAUGAAGUCGGAAUUCCAUGUGGAAGUCAACACAAAGGAUGCAAUAUACUAUUGACGUCAAGAAAUAAAAAUGUUCUAAGCAAUGGGAUGGGCGCUACCAAGACUUUCCAGCUUGGUGAUUUAGAGGACGAAGAAGCAUGGGAGUUUUUUAAGAAGAUGUCCGGGGACAGUUUUGAAAUAGAUAAUGAGCUUCGAUCUACAGCAAUUGAGGUAGCCAAAAGAUGUGCAGGAUUGCCGCUUGCCAUUGCCACAGUCGCUAGGGCGUUGCAAAAACAAAGUUUAUCUGUUUGGAAGGAGGCUUUACGACAAUUACGAAGGCCUUACUCAGAAAACCCGAGCGAGAUAUCUGCUGAGGUAUAUUCUGCUAUCGAAUUGAGUAUCAAUCAUUUACGGGGUGAAGACCUCAAGCAAGUUUUCCUGCUUUGCAGUCUAUUGCGUCGUGAUACUAUAAUUGAAGAUUUGUUGAGAUAUACAAUUGGUUUGGGUUUAAUUAAGGGAGUCGACACGUUGGAAGAAGGACGAGAUGCAUUGUUAACAAUGAUGAGUACCCUGAAAGCAUCUUGUUUGUUGCUUGAUAGUAACACCAAUGAUGAAUGCUUUGAUGUGCAUGAUCUUACUUAUAUUGUGGCCAAAUCAAUGGCUUCCAAGGACAGUCAUGUGUUUUCCUUGAAAAAAGAUGAUGUUAUGAUGGAUUGGCCAAAUGAAGAAUCAAUGAAAAAGUGCAACAAGAUUUGUUUGCAAUAUCCUACAAUUAACAGUCUUCCUGACCAGUUAAAUUGUCCACAGCUUUCUUUUUUCCUUUUGUUUAGCAAUGAUCUUUCCCUGACAUUACCGGAUGACUUCUUCAAGGAAGCAACAAAUCUUAAAGUCUUAGAUUUGACUAGGAUGCAAUUUUCUUCUUUACCUUCAUCAAUUCGUCUACUAACAAGCCUCAGCACAUUGUGCCUAGAUCACUGCAAACUGGGAGAUAAUAUUACCAUUAUUGGAGAGCUAAAGAGCUUGGAAAUUCUUAGCCUUAUGGAAUCUGAUAUUAGAUUUCUACCAAAAGAAAUUGGGCAACUGGUGAAACUAAAGUUGUUGGACGUGAGUCGUUGUGCUAAGCUCAAAACAAUUUCAGACGGCGUGUUGUCAAGUUUGUCAAGAUUAGAAGAAUUAUAUAUGGGUGGGACUUCUAUUCAAUGGGAAGAAAGCAGUGCCACUCUUGCUGAUCUACAUGCUCUGUCUCAUUUGUCCACUUUAGAAGUUCAAAUCCCAGAUGCUAAGGCGGCACCACAAGACUUCUUUAAUGAGUUGCAGAAGUUGAAAAGAUACAAGAUUUUCAUAGGAGUGGAAUGGGCGUGGGAGUGGUUUCGCAGCUACCAAUAUUCAAGAACCCUAAAACUGAGGCUAAACUCGGGCAUGGAUGAUUUGGAUCUUGGAAUUAAGAAGUUGUUGAAAAGAACUGAAGAUUUACAUUUGGGUGAACUCAAAGGUGUGAAGAUUGCAUUGCAGGAGUUAACAGAGGAAGAAAGCAUAUCGCAUUUGAAGAAUCUACAUAUCCAAAAUGGUUUAGAUACUGAAUACAUUAUCAAUGAUGAAUAUGAUUUUCCUCAAUUACAGUCCCUGACACUGCAUGAUCUUCCUAAGCUCAUUAGCUUUUGCCCACAACACGGAACCGGUGCUACCAGCUCAUUACCUCAAGAUGAGUUGUCACUUUUCAGUGAAAAGAUAUCGUUCCCUUACUUGGAGAAUUUGUGGCUGAAGUCAAUUAAUGUUACAAGGGUAUGGCACAACCAACUUUCGAGUACAUCUUUCAGCACUUAUGAGAAGUUGACAACAUUAAAAAUCGAGGGUUGUGUAAGCUUAAAACACCUGUUCUCAUUUUCUAUGGCUAAAUGUCUAGUGCAUCUCACAGACUUUAAGAUAAUUAGAUGCUACUUCUUAAGAGAGAUCAUUUUCAUGGAGGAAAUAGAAGAAGAAACCCAAACUGGUAUGACUUUAUCAUUAUUUCCUCGGUUAAAGUCCUUAAAGCUAACUGAUCUUCAGCAUCUGAUUGGAUUUUGCUCCGAUUACCAAACUCAAGUUAUUCAAUUUUCGACGUUGAAGUCAAUGGAAAUAUUCAAAUGUCCAGAAUUGGAGGGUUUCAUAUACAGAUCUUCAAUGGAAGGCAACCAAUGCUUCUCUAAUCAUGUUCUGUUCGACAAUAAGGUUUCAUUUCCCAGUUUGGAGAUAGUGUGGGCUCGCCAUUUGGAAAAGUUGAAGAUGAUAUGGGAGAACCCACUUCCACCAAAUUCAUUUCCCAAACUAAGAGAAAUCGACAUUUAUGACUUACCAAACUUGAAAUAUAUUUGGAAAAACGGUCCCAAAGACAUUUUUUCAUUUAAAAAUCUACGUGAAAUAUCUGUGGGGAAUUGCAAGAGUCUGAAGAAUGUAUUUCCAGCCUCAUUAGCCAGAGACCUCGCACAACUCAGUAGUCUUAUAAUAGCCGGUUGUCCAGUGGAGGAGAUUGUUUCUAAAGAAGAGGAAGGAUUGGAUUCGGAAACUAUUGUCACUUUCCAGUUUGAUCAGCUGUCCUACCUUUCGCUUUGGGGGCUAUCACAAUGCAAAUGUUUCUACCCGGGUAGGUAUACCACAAAGUGGCCAAUGUUAAAAGAGUUACGAGCAUCCGAGUGUGGGGAAAUGAAGAUAUUUGGUACACAACUCAUCACUCACAACCAACAACUUGACUCCCAACCACCACUUUUCUUGGCCAUCCCUAAACUACAACGUUUGGAUUUAGAUAGUGAAUCCAUCUCAAUGAUAAAUGAUGGUCAAUUUCCAAGCAGCCUUUUUCAUCAAAUAAAAUAUUUAAGGGUGCAAGGAAAAAAUGGUAAAUCAGUUAAUGAUUUCCAAAUUUCUUUCCUUGAAAGAUUCUACAAUCUAGAAGAGCUUUGUAUCUUUGAUUGUGAAAUCAAAGAGUUAUUCUAUACCGAAGGAGAUACUGGUAAUAAGGGGACUUAUGCUAGGACACUGUCAACAAUUAGAAAAAUACAACUGACAGGUCUUGGCAAUCUAAAACAUUACUUAUGGAAGCAAGACGUACAAGUGGACCGCAUUCUACCCAACCUUGAAACUCUUGAAGUUCUCCAUUGUCAGAAUCUGUUGAGCUUAGGAUCAUCCUCAGCAUCGUUUCAAAAUCUCACCACCUUGAAGGUGUGGAAUUGCAGUGGAAUGAAAUACUUGGAUACAUGUCUAGCAGUGCAGGGUCUGUCUCAACUCAAACAACUGAUCAUAGUGGAAUGCACUUCAAUGAAGGAAAUAGUUGGAAGUGGGGAAGAUGAAGCAACGUGCGACAUUAUAUUCAGCAGGUUUAAAAGUUUGAAACUUGUGAUUCUACCACGACUUAAGAGCUUUUGUUCAGGUAACCACACAUUUGGAUUCCCAUGUUUAGAGCAAGUGAUGGUGAGUGCCUGUCCUGAUCUGGAGAUAUUUUGUAAGGGAGUUUUAAGUGCGCCGUUGUUGCGAAGUGUAGAAUAUGGAGAAGGUAAAGAACAUUGGAGUGGUGACCUUGACAGCACUGUCCAACAAUUGCAUUCAAAAAAGGUUGGGUACCAAGGCAUCACGUAUUUGAUCCUUUCCGAAUUUUCCAAGUCAAUGGAAAUACGGAAGGAGAAAAGUGUAGAUUUCAAGAACCUACGAGUUUUAGAAGUUGAGGACUGUAAUAGCUUGAAAUACAUAUUUAGCGUUUCCAUGGCCUUGGAACUUGUGCAAUUGCUAGAUAUAAGAGUGAAAAGAUGUCCCAUGAUGGAGUACAUUAUCAAGAAAGAAGCAGAGGAAACUGCGAUGGAUACAGUCUGCUUACCAAAUCUUGUGAAGAUAAGACUGGAGUCAUGUUCAGAGUUGAAGAGUUUUUGCAUGGGAAAUAUAACUCUGCAAUGUCCAUCAUUGUAUAAAAUUGAAGUAGAUGAUUGUCCAAAGAUGUAUGCAAUGGCAUGUACAAGAGAUGGCGAAAACACACCCUUUUUCAAUGAUAAGGUUGUGUUCCCUAACUUGAACAGUUUGACCAUUGAAGGCAUUGGGAAAUGCAGAAAGAUAUGGCAUGAUAAACCCACUCUGAAUUCAUUUAAUGAAUUGACCAUCCUCUGCGUGAAAGACUGUGAAAGACUUUCCAAUAUUUUACCUUUUAGUAUGGUGAAAAGACUUGAAAAGCUAGAAACUCUGGCAAUAGUGGAAUGUAAGUCGGUAGAAGAAAUAAUUGGACCUGAUGAUGAUGACGGAUUCAAUUCCAGUGAGUCACAAGAAGUGACAUCCGCCCAAAUGAUCGAACUCAAAUCAAUCACCAAGUUUGUGUUUCCUAAAAUGAGAGAGUUGAAUCUUCGAGUGCUACCCAAAUUGAAGGGUUUCUACUCCAAGUUGCAUACUACGGAAUGGCCAUCCUUGAAAAAAUUGGAGGUGAGUGAUUGCAGGAAGGUAGAGAAUUUGGCUGGGGAGUAUAUCAACUUUGAAGAAACACAAGGAGAGAGCCAACCUCUAAUCUCUGUUCAACAACCCCUGUUUUGGGUCACUGAGGAAGCAUUCCCCAAUUUAGAAGAAUUACAUGUGAUUCGGAACAGAAAUAUGAAGGAGAUAUGGCAUGGAGCACUUACAAACCUAUGUUUUUCGCAACUCACAAGAAUGUGUGUUACUGAUUGCCAUAUGUUAAAAGAAAUCAUAGCUUCAACAACUGAUGAACUCAUGAAUGGCAUCGUUUUACCCCAACUCAAGUCUUUAGAACUUGUUAGUCUUCCGAUCCUAUCAAGUUUCUGCUCAGGGAAGUAUACCUUAGUAUUUCCUUCCUUGGAAGAAAUAAUCAUCAGAUGGUGUCCAAAGAUGGAAUUUUUCACAAAGGGGAAGUUAAGCACACCGAUGCUGCAUGGACUACAAUCAACUAAAGGCAAAUAUGUAGGGCACUGGGAAGGGGACCUUAAUGUUAUCCUUCAACAGUUGUUCAUAGAAAAGGUUUUUCCGAGCUUGGAGGAUUUGGAGCUAUCUUCAAUCAACAUUCAGCGAGUUUGGAAACACAAGCUUCUGUCCACACAUUCUUAUGCCAAAAAUCUAACACGCUUGACUAUCGAGGGCCGUCAUAAUUUGAACUUCAUGUUUUCGUCCUCUAUGAUGAAAAGUUUUGUUCAACUCAAGAUGCUAAAGGUCGAAAAUUGUGAGAAUCUGGAAAAUGUGAUCUCUGCGAAAGGAUUAACGAAAGAAGAAAUGAUGAAUCAGAAAACGUUCCAUAUUCUACAAUUCCUAUUUCUCAAAGACCUUCCUAAACUGACGAGAUUCUGCCAUGGAAAUUACUUUGAAUUCCCCUUGCUGACAAGUCUUAGUAUCGAAACUUGUCCUACACUGAAAACAUUCAUCUCUGCUGCAGAAGGAAACAACUCAGAGAUUGCCUCUCCAACUCUCUUCGAUGAAAAGGCGGCAUUCCCUUGCUUAGAGGAACUGUCCAUUAUAGGUUUGGGAAACUGGAGAACGAUAUGGCAGAAGAAGCCAACCAACUGCGUGAGGAUUCAUUUUGCAAAUAACUAAAUAUUCUAGCUAUAGUAUUUGGAGUUGAGUGCGAGUAUCGUUGGAUACGAGUAUGCAUCUAACACGGAUAUGUUCCAAAUUUUUUUGUGCUUAGAGGAUUUACUCAGAGCCGUGUUUUCAUACCUUUGUCUGAACAUGCAUCUAAGUGUAUGUACUAUGUAGUUAAUGUAGUCUACUAGUGUGAUGAAUAUGAUGAAUUGCAUUUUUCA